AUGGCGAAUCGAGAUGAUUCUGGCUACAAAGGCCUGUAUCGAGACGACGAAGUGGUCGUGGACAAGGACGGAGUGCCGCAUUACAGCGGCGCAGAUCCUGGCCUGAUGAAGGAAUAUCGUCGAAGAGUCCUUUUUGCAUAUGCCAAUUUGGAAGGUGAUGGAAAAGAUGCACAAGAAGAGGCCCGAGAUCUCGCAAAGAAGCAACAGAGGUUCGCAAAGAAGCUGUUGGACGCCCUGCAUGGCGAAGCCUGGCGAUGUUGCCAGGUGUUGAUCGAAGACAUCGACAAGCUGCGAGAGAAAGAUGGCUACAAACAUGUGUUCAAAUGUUUGCAAAGCAUUGAGAAGGUGACCGUGAUCAAGAAGACCGAGGCAUUCGACACCUUUUUCGAAAAGUGCCAUCGUCGCAAGGGUCAGAGCAUUGAUGCAUUCCUUCGUAUGCAGUCCCAGGCAUGGUCAGAUCUGCAAGAUAUCACGGAUGGAAGUACGACGAUGUCUGAAGACCUUCGCACCUAUUUCCUCCUCAAGCAUGUUGGAUUGUCAAAAGAUGACCGAAGGCAGAUUUUGUUGUCCAACCAGUCCAACUACACCAUGGAGGGCGUUGAGCAGGCAUUGCGUGUGUCGUACUAUGAUGUGCACGAGCGUGAGAAGUCACACAGCCACCGUGAUUGGGGAAACCAUCAACGAGGACAUCAGAGUUACAAGAAGAAGCAUUAUGCCCAUGCAGUCACGGAAGAGCCCAACAUCCCUGAGGAGUAUGAGAAUUAUGAGACAGCAUCGGAAGCAACUGUUGAAGACACCUUUGCAGUUGAGGACUAUGAGGAAGAAGACCCCAGAGAGGUCAAUUCGGAUGCUGGAGCCUCAGGAGAUGAUGAAGUGUUCGAGGCCUAUGCGGCCAUGGAUCGGCAGCGCAAGUCCUACAAGGAGAGCCGCAAGCAUUUGCGCACUUUGCAGAAGAGCCGAGGCUUUUUCCAUGGCGAUGUGAAGGGUGAGAUCAGUAUUGAAGAUCGCAAGGCUGCAGUUCAGAAGGAGAAGCAACGCACUCGUUGUGCAGCAUGUGGCAAGAUCGGCCAUUGGGCCGGCGAUCAGGCUUGCGCCAAGACCUCAUCCAAGAUAGGACCGAAGAAGAUUGACAAGAAGAAGGGCUCAGGGAAGGGCAAGUCGAAAGGCAAGGCAUACCUUGUGGGUGAAGCGCCUUCCUAUUUUUCGCUGGACUUUGAUGAGCAUGAUGAAGAUGUUACAGAGUUUUGCAACAUGGUCGGCGAAGUCAAGGAAGAGCUGGAGGAGGCAGAUCCCAUGCUGGAUGCUGACCUCGAAGCAAGGCGCAAGAAGGCCGUGCCAGUGGCAUCAGAGUCGGAAUGGGAGGCCGUGUCAUCCGUCGGUGCAUCGUCUACCACUCCCAUCAAUGACAUGACCUAUGCCAAGAGCUACCCAACAGCUACGCCCAUAGUUUCAGACAGCCCAACCAAGGUAUCCGUGAAGGUGGAGAUUGAGAUUCCGGCCAGUCAGAUCCGAACAUUGUUGGUCCCCAGCUUUGAGGAUGUUCGACCGGGCAAGUUGAUGGAGAUGAAGGUCUAUGAGCUGUCAUCGGAGUGCGAAGCUUGGGGGAUUGCGACCUCAGGCAACAAGUCAGAGUUGCAGAAUCGGCUCGAAGCUUUCUUCCAAGGAGAACCAGUUCCUCGCAAGGGCUGCACCAAGCAGUUCGUUCAGUUGAGAGUGGAUUCAUUGGAAGCUGGAACAGCCUCAUCACAGAAGCCGAUCACCCCAGGAGCACGCCCCAAGGCGACAGCCAAGAAGUCAGCAGCAAAGCCAAAGGCCACGACAUCCCGUGGUUAUUCCUAUGCCACCGAGAAUGACCAGCCGGUUCACGGUGAGAGUCAAGAGGAGUUCAGCCCAGCAACCCAGUUGAGCUUCAGCCAUAGCCCUGAACGAGUGUCAUCCCCAGUGGCAGGAACUUUUCGUACCACGACCAGUCCGAAGACGCCAUCCCCAGCCAGGUCGACGGAGCAUCCGGCCCUGGACCCCAGAACAGGCGUAUUGGUCCCAGCUGGCAUGGCGGUUGGGCAGAUUGCGCCGUGGCUCGGCUGCCCUCUUGGCGGUCAUCCUAUGGUCCUUCGUCGCAACAGGGAAGAUGCAGGAUUGUUCUUCGGCUGCUACGAGCCGGCGUCAGCCGGUCGCCGUGAGAGCCAAGCAGUUGAUGAGAUUUCACCCACCAUCAUAGCCUACAUGACAGAAGAUGGUGGACUGCAUGAGCGUGGUGAGAAUUCAGGAGAGCCCAAUACAGUGCCCCCGCAACAGAAUUCGUUAGAUGAGCCGGGACAUCACCAUUUUGGUCCGGCCCCUCCUCCAGGAGGAAUUGAUGAGUCACGAGUUUGUCUCUUGGACACGGCUUGCACAAGCUGUAUGCACAGCAAGAAGUGGCGUGAGGCCUACGAAUCCACUUUGCCAGAAGGUAUGAGCUGCAGCCCGACUGCCUCUACCAAGUCCUUCCAUUUCGCCAAUGGUGCAACGACAGAUGAGCGUGCAACAGUUUGGAGGAUUCCGAUCUUUUUGGAAGGUCACAAAGGUGAGGUUUUCAGUGCAGAAAUCACAAGUGGUUCGACGCCCCUUCCUCUUUCUAUAGCUGCGAUGACAGCUUUAGAUAUGGUGCUACAUGUCCGUGAGCAGUUGGUUGAGGUCAAAAGCUUGAAUCUACAGUUGCCCAUGCUUGUGACACAGUCCCGACAUUUGGCCAUUGAGGUGUGUUACAAGGAAGAACUUGGCAUCAAGGAUCAUGACUUGGCACAACCACGGUUGAUUUCAGAGAGAGAGGAUCUUUUGGUUUAUUAUGGUGAGGAAGCCCGCAUGAGUUUGUUGACAGAGUUACCUUUUAUCCCAGAACCUCGCCAAGUAGCCAAGGAAGUGAUUGAAGCUUCGCAUGCCGCCCGCUGUUUGUCGUCCAAGGAUUCCAUUGGACAGGUGUCGGAACGUCGACGUCGAGAGCUUGAGAAGGCAGCAAGACGAGUUCAGGCGGCCGACACUCGAAUGUGGGUAGCUUUGAGAAGAGAGUAUAGCCUAGCAGAACAGUUCAGCACUUUCGAUUUUACAACAACAGUUCUGUUUGAGCCUUUUGGUGGGAGUUUUGUCACAACCCGUUUUGCAGCAGGGCAUUUUGGGUGGACGAACAGUCAGCCUCUAGACCUGGUAGACGGAUAUGAUUUGUUGGCUUCAUAUGGCCGAGGUUUGGUGCACCGUGUUUUAGAUGAGCACAACCCCUUUCUUGUUCUCAUAGCAUUUGAUUGCAAGUUUUGGUCAAUGCUUACAAACCUCAGUCCGUCGGUCGAUUGGGAGCAUUGGCGAGAGACGUUGGGAGCAAAGACAUUGCAGUUGGUCGUUUCCAUUUGUUUGAAGCAACAUGCCAAGCAACGGUAUUACCUUGUUGAGAACCCAGCAGGUAGUUUGGCGUGGAUCUUUGAACACAUUCUUGCAAGAUUGUUAGAAGAAGCAGCAGGCAAGUAUGUUAUUGGAGACCAAUGUGCUUAUGGUCAUCGAGACCUUGUUUCCCAGAAGCCCGUCAAGAAGCCCACAGGUUGGUUGUCAAACUCUGAAGCCAUACUCAACAAGGUCGGCAAGAGGUGCCGUUGUGCUUGGGGAGCUCACGAACAGCUCUUAGGCAGCAAUCGUGGAGGACUCCGAUCCGCUCAAGCUGCCAGAUACCCCCAGGCGCUGUGUGCUGCAAUUUGCAGUGGUGUCAAGCAUCAGAUGGAGAUAGAUUAUGCGUUGAGCAUGUCAUUCCGUGACGGUCAACAUGCUUUAGCAGCAGAGGAUCAGCAAGACGAGGCAAUGAACUCAGAUGAGGAUCCUUUUGUCACAGGUGUUUACAAAGAUUUGUGGCAGUUGGACGGCGACAGAUUAAUUCGACACCACAAUCUUCCUCGCAGAAAGUUCUUUUCGCCAUCACCUCAAAUGAAGUUUCCAGCAGGUGUCAAGUUUGAAAAUAUUCUUGACGGCAGAGUCACCGAGCUUAAUUUCGUGGAAAGCUUUCAGAAGCAGAGGGACGAUUCAACUUGGUGGCAACAACCUGUGAAGGAGACACAAGAGUUUUGGAAGGGCAAAUCAAUUUUUCGCCUACAGAUUCUUGGAGAUGAUGAGCAAGAGGACAUUCCCAUGCCUGAUGUGUCCGCACCGGUGGUCGCACCUGUUCCCAUGACUCCGGGAGGCAGGCCUGCGCCUAGGACACCAGGUGGAACGGAUUUGCGCAGGAAGCGUGAGCCUACAAGACAGUUGCAACGAGGAUUUUGGCAAGAUGUUCCGGAAGAGCAAACCAAAGUUCUCUUGCAGGAAGCCUUUGAUUUUGUUCAGGAGCAUGACAUUGAUGGUUGGCACAAGCUUGAUUUGAGUUCAGAUCUUGGAGAGCGAUGGAUAUCACAUGAGUCGGCCCAGGCCGAUGUUCAGUUGAUCCUGUUGUCAAACAAGGCAGUUCGGAUGCGCAAACCACAGCCCCAUGCUGGGCCACAAGAAGUUCCUUUGCGACGGUCCUACAUUCUUCUAGCAAACAACAAGGUGUUGUCCACGAGCUGGGAGGAAUGGGCAAAGAUGGCUCCAUCAUCACAGGUGAGGCCACUCGUUGCAAAGUCCCGGAGGCUGUAUGCUGCAGUGUUCGGAAAAUUUCUUGGUGAAGGCUUGGCAGAAGAGCGUGAUGAUCGUUUUGCAGCUAAGGAAGCAGAGCGGCAGCGCAAAUGGACAGCACUUCCUAGAGAGCUCAAACUAGCAGUGAAACGCAUCCACGUCAAUCUUGGGCAUGCCAGUGUUCCGGCAAUGUUGAGAGCAUUGAGAAUUACAAAGGCAUCAGAUACAGCAAUCAAGGCAGUAAGACUCUUUCGAUGUGAGGAUUGCCCGCGUUUGCACGAGAAUCCGAAGGAACCCCGUCCUUCGAAGCUGCCUCUUGUUCAUGAUUUCAAUGUACAGAUUGGACUGGACAUUUUGACAGACAAAGACGCAGACGGGCAAUCAUGGAGUUGGUUGAGCAUCUUUGAUCAAGGUACUUGUUUCCAUGUUUGUGCAUUAUUGCCCCAGACACAUCAAAACCCUACAGGAGAUGUUUUGCUUGAAGCAUUAUCAUCACAUUGGUUGUCGUGGGCAGGAUACCCUGAACGGGGAGUGAUAGCAGACCGUGCCAAGUACUUUCUCUCAGAUGUUUCAAUCGAGUUCGAUUCACAUGGAUGCCAUUUUACAACAGCCGCAAAGGCAUCACCCUGGCAGAUUGGCCAAGUCGAGAGGCACAAUGGACUCUGGAAGGCCACGCUGGAACGUGUUGUUUGGUCCGAGCAGGUGAGUGGACGAGAUGACCUUUUGCUUGCAACGGCGGCUGUGAACAUGGCCAAGAACUCCAUGUCUCGGCAGCAUGGCUUUUCGCCGUGCCAGUGGGUCACAGGUCGUGACCUGCGUCUGCCGGCAGCCCUUUCUGAUGAAGGUGAAGCUCACCGUAUAGGCAUGAUGGCCUUAGCGGAGACACCUGGUUCCAGGUUCUUUCGUCAAAAUCAAUUGAGGGCCGCCGCCAGAGAGAGUUUUGCAAGAGCCGCGAACGAUUCAGCUUUGAGAAGGGCAGAGUUGAGAAAGAUCCGUCCGACGCGUGGUCCUUUUCCUGUUGGGACAUAUGUCUUUUACUAUGAUCGUGGCGAUCGUCAACCAGGACCGCACAAUUGGCGCGGCAUAGCCCGUGUCAUCGGACAUGAGGGUCAAUCAACAGUGUGGCUUUCACACCGUGGAAUCUUGAUAGCAGUUUCUCCAGAGCACUUGAGCAGAGCAUAUGAAGAGGAGCUUGAUCGAUGGAUGGCAGUCAGUCACGAACAGGCACUCAUUGACACCGCUCCAGCUGCCGGAGGAACCGGUUUUCUUGAUUUGAGACGAGGCCCAGUCCCAGACAAGGCAGAUGAAGUUCCAGCUGUUGAAGAUACAAACGCAGACAUAUCCGAGUUAGAUGAGCAGGAGAUCGAGGAGACACCUCCGGCGCCAGAAGCCGCCCCUCCGGCCGAUGUUCCCAUGCCGGCCCAGGCGGAACCGGAGGACAUGAGCUCCAGUUCGACUUCGAUGGCUCGAAUGAAGUAUGAAUCAGAGCGAGAUGCUAGACGUGAUGCACAAUCCAGUGAUUUCUUCAAGAAGAUGCGUGAGAAAAGGGAGACAGAGCGCGAGAGAAGGCGAACAGAACUCUUGAAGCAAGCAGAAAGUCUUCCAAUACAUAUUCCACCUCGACUACCACCAGAAGCGAUUCCUGCAGGUGAUGAGUUCGAUCCGGAGUUGGAUGAUUAUCACACAAGACCAACCCGACAGCUUUCACCGUUGGUUGAGGCCGAGGAGGAACCAGCUGAACGCGAGGCCAAGAGGCUUCGAGUUGGUGAGGCGCCUGAGAAGACGGACUAUGCGCAUGAGAACCUGUUCGCAUAUAUGGCAGUUGAAUCAAAGAAUUUCUUGAAGACAAGGGCAUCACAACAGUAUGAUCGUUUUGAGGAGUUUUAUCAGCAGCGGCAGCUCAGCAGGUCUCAAUUUCUUUUCGGAGUCAAACGAAACGAUUUUGAAGAGAGGUAUUCCGGACUUGCAGAUAGAGCAUUUGCCGCAGGGCAGGUUGAAAACCCAGUCAAGAAGCGAGGCCGCAAGGAAAUCAAACUGAGUGAACUUUCAUCGGUGCAACAGAAGCUUUUCACAGGACCCGGUGGUUCCGAUCAGACAGAAUGGGAAGCUUGGUUGUCUAAAGAUGCUUGUUCGGUGCUCAGCCCAGCCGACAGUGCAGAGAUCCGCAGUACAAAGCCAGAUUUGAUUGCGCCUACACGUUGGGUGCGAACAAACAAGAAUGAUGGGCUUGUUGGACAGAACUUCAAAGCAAAGAGCAGACUUGUUGUUCAGGGUUUUAAGGAUAAGGCCUUAGGAGCUUUUCGUCGAGAUGCCCCCACAGCAAGCGCUAUUGCAGAAAGUAUUUGUCUGUGCCUAGUGGCUUACUUCCAGUUCACACUUCUUGCAAAGGACAUCAAGAAUGCAUAUUUCAGUGGGAAGUCAGUUGGAAGAGAAGUUUAUCUUGAACAGCCGCGUGGCGGUUUGCCCAAUCUCCAACCAGGCCAGUUGUUGAGGGCGAACAAAGCAAUCUACGGGUUUGCAGAAGCCGCCAGGCUUUUCUGGCUAGCAUUGCGUGAGCAUCUCAUUGCAGACGGUUGGGAGGAAUCACGCCUUGAGCCAGCGCUUUUCUACCUCCGAGACGGAGGACGCUUGAGAGGAGUCCUAGUCACCCAUGUGGACGAUCUUGAAGGCGGUGUUGAGGAGGCCUAUAUGCAGCGAGCUUUUGCUAAGUCUGCCCUUUCGCUAGAGUUUGCUACAAACCAUGUUCGGGAUUUUAUUUUCCGUGGGCGAGAGGUGAAGCAGCAGCCAGAUGGACACAUUGAUGUUUCCAUGAGAAAUUAUGCUAUGUCCAUGAAGAAGAUUUCGAUUGACCGCCAACGAGCAAAACAGCUUGAAUCGAGUUUAACCUUACAGGAGAAGGAACUCUUCAACAGUUGUGCAGGUGAGUUGGGGUGGCUCAGUCGACAACUUCGUUGUGAUUUGGCAUUUGAAAAUGGCUGCAUACAGAGAGCAAAGGCAGAUCCUUGUGUAGCAGAUCUUGUUCGCUUGAAAAGUUACAUGGGGAUGGCUCGAAGAGGUGCAGAUUUCCGACUUCGCUAUUGGUCAGAUGUUGAUGUCAGAAAUGGUGUCAUCAUACACCUAGCAGACUCAGGUCAUGCCAACGGUACUCCUGAGAAGGACAGCGUUCUUCGCUAUAGGUCCAUUGGUGGGUAUUUUGUUUUGCUUGCAGACCCUCAGGUUCUUGAAGGGAAAGAAGGUCGUUGCAAUAUCAUUUCCUACCACUCCAGCUUAACCAAGAGAGUUUGCCGCAGUACAUUAGCUGCAGAGGCCAGUCAUUUAGCAGAAGCAGUGGAAGCAGGUGAUUGGAUAGCAGUUCUUUUGGAAGAGGCAUUGACUGGAGAUUUGGAUUUGCGAAAUUGGUCAGAAGUUGUUGAAAGACGGCAGCGCGUCUAUGUCACGGACGCUAGAUCGGUUUACGACUAUCUUGCCAAGGACGCUUCAUCAACUAGCACCGAUAAGCGGAUGGCCAUUGAAGGAGCUUUGUUGAGAGAAACGGUUAAGACAGAUCUCGACUUCGGUCUCUUGUUGUCCAAAACGCUUUCCGUCGCUGUCAUUGGUGGCUCAUGCUUGGGCAAGUUUCCGCAGGUGGUUGCCGUCUUACAAGCACGUUCGGCAGAAGGUCUUUCGAAGAUUUCGAUCUGGACAGAAACAGUCAGCAUGGGAGUGCAGCUGGCAUACAAUGUGGUGCGACACACUCCGCUGACGACCUAUGCCGAGAUUGCGAUUCUGUUUCCCCAGCUGCUGCUACUAACUGUCGUGGUGGCAUGGGCUGAUGGACAUCUUGGAUUGAGGGUUUGGCUGGCAGACUUGUGUGUGACUCUGGGUGUGAUCGCCAUGGCUCUGGGCUGGGUCUCCUCGAGCUUUACCACAGCUGCAUAUGCCACCAAUGCGUUGUUCGGUCUGGUGGCGGUUCUUCCUCAGGUGGUGAUCAACUACAAGAACAAGUCCACAGGUCAGCUGUCCUUGCUGGUCACUGCGAUGACUUUCGGUGGGACCUGUGCGCGGUUGUACACCACCUUCGUGGAGGUGGAUGACUUCGGACUGCAGUUGACCAUGAUGUUGAAUUGGACCUUGGUGAGUACCUUGAUGCUGCAGUUCGUCAUCUACCGCGAUACCCGGCCUUUGCCGGCCAAGCCCGCGCCUUCAGAUUUGUCGAGCCCAGUGGAGGCACCUCGGGAAGACUCCUUCAAGGUGCCCUUCAAGCGCCAGCCCUCCGUCAUGCAGGCCUUGGCGAGCUUCGGGUCCUCGCGAUGCUUGUCCGAGAUGGUGGAUGUAGAGAUGAUGGACGGGACGGUGGAAGUGAUCCGAUCGAAGUCGAGCCAAUCCUUGUUCUUCGCGAGAUCCAUCAGCUGGAGCGCCCCGAUGGGAAGCAGCUCCGUUCCCACCCUGCCCUACUUCGACGAGCUCGACGUUCGUCAGGUUUCGAGCCCCCCGCUGCCGAUCCUGCGUCGCAAUUGA